AUGCUUAAGCACAUCACCCUUGCGGCAUUGGCCUCGAUGGCCUUUGCCCAGACACAAGACCUCAAUGCCACACUCAGCGGCAUUCCCGAGCUGUCCAAUCUAACGUCAUACUACAUCUCGCUCCCUGACUCCCUGAGCGCGUUGUCGGCUGCCAGGAACAUCACCAUCCUGGCGCCUAGUAACAAUGCCUUCGAGCAGCUGUUGAGCAGCCCCCUCGGCGCGGCGCUGACCAACGACCCGGAUCUCGUCCAAGCCAUGCUUACCUACCACGUGCUCAACGGCAGCUACAGCUCGAGCCAGAUCACUGAGGACAGUCAAUUCAUCCCCACUCUCCUGACCGACCCUAGGUAUACCAAUGUUACCGGCGGUCAGCGGGUUGAGGUGGAGAAAGAGGAUGGUAACGACGUCUUUUACUCGGGGCUGCGGCAGAAUCUGACUUUGGGACGAAGUGACAUCAACUUCACCGGCGGUUACAUCCACAUCAUUGACACCGUCCUCACGCUGCCACCAAACGUCAGCUCGACGGCCGUGGCCACGAACCUGACGGCGCUCGUCGGGGCGCUGACCAACGCCAGCCUGGUCGGGGCGGUCGACACGACGCCGGACGUGACCAUCUUCGCGCCGGCCAACGACGCAUUCGCUGCCAUCGGCUCAGUGCUCGACGGCACGUCAUCGGACGACCUGUCGAACCUGCUCAGCUACCACGUCGUCAACGGCACCGUCGCGUACUCGAGUGACCUCCAGGGCAACCAGACGGUCACGGCGCUCAACGGCGGCGACCUGACGAUCCGCGUGCUGGACGACGGCGACGUCUUCGUCAACGGCGCGCGCGUGAUCAUUCCGGACAUCCUGGUGGCGAACGGUGUGGUGCAUGUCAUCGACAACGUCCUCAACCCCUCCAAUUCCACGUCCGGCCCCAGCGACGAGAACGACGACAGCGGAGACGUCCAGUACACCGGCGCCACGUCCGCGACCAACGUGCCCUUCACUUCCGGCGUGGCCACGGCAACGGCGACCGUCGGCGUCACCGGCACCGGCGGUGGUGGUGGUGCGACGGGCACGGCGACGGGCACUGGUGGUGCCGCGAGCGCGAGCGCCUCGGGUGCUGCCGCUGGUGUUGGCCUGAGCGGUGGGUUGAUGGGUGUGGCCGUCGGGUUGGGUGGAGUCGUGUUGGCGUUGUGA